CUCAUCGGCUUUCAUUAUUGCACAUCUCUAUCAAAUAUGGUAGUGAAAUGCUUGUCAACCGUUCACGAAAUUACUUAUAAAUAAAACAAAGUUGUUUUUGUAAUCAUAAAUUGAUUAUAAUGUCAAGUGGUCGUGGUCGGGGCUACACCGGUAGACAUCAUUUGAGGGAGACAAAGCCGGGAGAGGACCCAGAAGACAUGAAUGCUGCAAGGACUCUGGCAGAGUUGACUCCGCGAUCAACAGCUAAAACCACGGUGGCAAUGAUUUCAGAGGUGAAGCCUGAUGAUGAAGUGGACACCUCUGGUGAUGAAGAGUCUCUACAGGCGAUGCUGAAGGUUGAUGAACAGUUUGCACCUUUAUUAGUACUGCUCGAACAAUUCACGCCGGGCGAAGACGGCAUUCAGUUCAACAGGAAAUUAAGACAUUUCGAGACGUCAGUCACGGAGUUGUGUCCGGACGAGGCAAGAUUACAACAAGCGUUCGCGACAUUUCGCGCUGCGGCCUUACAAAGUUCAGUGACAAGUCGGAAGUUGGCCACCGUCGGGGCUGCCUUCACCAGACAACAAAGGCAGGGCAUGCUGAGGGCCUCCCUGCUGAAUAUUAUGCAGGCGACUUUUACAAAAUUGGAAGUGCUGGAACGCGCGAAUCCAUUAUACUUGAUCAACGCUGCGAAUCUGAUGGGAGAUUAUUUUGCGGAGGCUCGUCUAUGCAAUGGGAAGAAAGUCCACAUCUUAGCUGGUCCGUUGGUCCAAUAUAUGCGGUCUCUUCUCGCGUCAGAUGAUAUAAGGGCACAUCGGAGUCUUGCUACGCAGCUAAUGCAAAAUGGCCGAGAACUCCUCUCUAUACUAUCCCAAGAGUUAGAUGAAUUGUCAAUAUCCAUACGUCUCAGACUAUUGACACCACCCCCAAUAAGCAUCAUCUGGCUCCUUCUGUCGUCUGAUCUCUGCUUAAACAAAUUCCUACCAUUGCCAAACACAUUGCAACAGUUCUACGCUUCCCACUUAGACCUGACAAGCGAUGAGAACUUCUCCGAGGUGUCAUAUGGCUCCUGGAAGAAGGAAAACAUCAAUUUGAGCAUUGAUGAUGAUACUAAACCCAAAUUAAGACCAAUCUUGGGGGCCGGAGCAGGUCUAUUGAGACAGGAGCAUACAGAUCCAAGCACCGAUGUUGAUUGGAAGCCAAGUUUAACUAAGAGAUACGAUUUGAACUCAUGGAGACAGGAGGAAAAGGAACCAGCUUUUAACCCCAACGUGCCACCACCAAACUAUCAAGAGUUUCCAGUUUAUCCGGAAAACUACUAUUUGCAACAAGGAGAUGGGACAUACAUACAAAAUAUGAAUGUUAAUGUGCAAACAGAGAAAGUUAAUAAUGAAGUGCAGAAGUCCCUUGAUAAUUAUGACCCUAAAUUUAAUGAAAAACGCUUCGACGAGACUAACUUUAAUGAAAAGAGACAUGAUGAUAUGCGAUAUGAAGAGACUAACUUUAAUGAUAAACGCAGUGAUGAUACGAAAUUUAAUGAUAAAAGGAGUGACGAUAAGAAGUUUGACGAACGUUCUAAAAAUGGAUCCAGGCAGAGAUUAAAUAGGAGAAAUAGUGGUGAGAUUGAGAAGAGGAGGCAUGUUAGUGAUGUGCCGCGGAAUCAUAAAUAUUGGGACCACGACGACCGCUGUGAUAAAGACUAUAACAGUUAGUAAAUUAGUGAUGUUUCGUGAUGCAAAAUUUCAGUGUAAUUAGGGAUAUGCGCGUUCGGAGCUGGUCCCCUUGGCCCACGGUGGGGCCGACGCGCCCCAAAGGAAAAUCUUAUGUAUGUAUUCCAUUUAUUUUAAGUUUCCGGCAAAAUGCAUUGCUCAAAUAUUUUAAUGUAGACAUUAUAAUUUUUUGGGACGUCAGCCAUCAGUAAUUUUAGUUUAAUAAAAAUUCACAGAAUGAUUUCCUGGAUCCUAGCAAUGAUUGCUUUCCCAAAAUGUUUUAAGUACUGGUGCAAAUAAAAUGAAGUGUAUCAAUGUUUUAAUUCACAAAUCUUUUUAUUAGCACUAUUUGUGUUUUGGUUGUGUUUGUACUUUAUGGCCCGUAUUCCAAAGCUAAUCUUAACUUGGGCAAUGUCAAAUUUAGAAAAGGAAAAACGGUAAAAACUUUCAUGGUUUAAUUUUGACAGGAAUGCGGGCAUAAGAUCUCAAAUCAUUUGGUUAAUUUCAAGUUUUGCUCAUACUAAAAUUUAUUUCCAAUAGUUCAAAUUACAUUUACUUAGUCUUAUUUCAAAUUAAAUUUAGUUCAUGUCAAAUGUGGUUAGCUUUGACAUAAAUUUAGGUGUUUCUAGAUAUAUAGAAUCCGACAUUUGAAAUUUGUUUUUAUAAGUGUACAAUAUUAGUCUUAUCUGAUAUAAUAGAAAUAUAACAUAAUUGUUAAGUAACAUUCGCCGUGUGCCACUUGGAUCCAAUUGAGUGGACUCAUCAAUUGACUAGUGGGAAUGAUAGUGGUGCUGAUUUUUCUAAUUAAUGACUAUUCAGGUAAAAUGAAAUGUUUUUUUAAUAAUUUUAAAAAAUUGAGGGUUAUACAAUGGUGAUAGUAAAAUAUUAUCUUUGAAUGUUCCCAUGUGUGAAAAUUUUUGUCUAAAUAACAUAAAACCAAGUAUAUUUCAUCUGGGAAUUGUUCAAUCUGUGCUCAUUCAAUAUAUGUUCAAUAAUUUUUGAGUAUGUCUUAUAUGAAAAUUUGCACCACUGUUGCAUACGCAUAGUGUAAUUUUAAUUUAGUCACAAAUAACUCAAUUUUUAAUAUUUAACAUUUUGUCAUUUUAAAUUAUAACAUUAUGUAUGGAUGUGUGUUUAUAAAUGUAGUUAAAUUAGGUCCACUAAAUUUAAGGUUUGCUGACUUUUAACGCUAUUAAUUUGUGCAAUAAAUUUACAAUAAUGCAUAAUAUGACAUUUUGCAUUGAAGUCUUGAUAGGAAUUAAAGGACGCCUCUCAUGCAAAAGGUUAUAAAUUAUUUAAAGUUGGUUGUAAUGGCUUUGGCCCAAAUUAAUGAUGAUUUUUAAUUGUCUAUGAUCAUUAAAGGGUACUUGUAUGUUCAAGUUUUAAUUCAUGGACAGAAGGUACAUUCAGAGUGAAUGACUCCUGGAAGUAAAAAAUGAGUGGGAUUUCACACCAGGACCUGAUUUACCUGAAGUGGAAGAACUUAAUAUAAAAUUUGAUUAAAAUAAAUAAAAAUUUUCACCUAAUUGAACUGUAAAUUAAACUUAGACUAAAUUUUCUCUCUAAGUGGUUGUUUAACCAUUUUUUUAAUGGUUUUAAAUUUCAAAUUAAAAUUUAAUAUUACCGCAAUUAUAAAUAAAAUGGCGUUGCAUCUGUCGCGUGCUAAAACACUAUAAACAAAAUUAAACUACGUGACAUAUGAUGGUAAAUUUUAAUUUCUUUUUGUCAUUUUGAUAAUCUACUAUAGUCGUUUUAACCAAUCUGUGUUUUUUGAUAAAGCCAUGAAAACACUCUUAGGGCAAGAUCUUUAGAGCGCACUUAGCCUUAGCUCAAUCGUUACUUACGAAAAACUCAUAUAACUCAUAUGAUUUGGUAUUUAUAGACAUUUUAACGCAAAGUGAUGUUUCAUUUCAUGGAAUACCUUCUUUUUUAUCCUUUAAAAAAGUAUAACAAUAACAAAUAUUAAAACGGUACAAAUAUAUCUUCUAUUUAUUGUUAUUUAUUUUAUUAUUUCCAGUUAAGUCAUAGUCGAAAUAUGACUUAACUGGAAAUUUUAGUCUGAGCAAAAUGUAAGUGCGCUCUAUAUAUCUUGCCCUUUGUGUUUUACGUCAAAUUGCAGACUAAAAUCAAAAUGGACUGAAACGAAUAUGCUCGUACCUGUAAAGCACAAUUUCACUUUAAAUGCUAGAUUAGUUAGGUUAAUCUAUAUAUACCGACCUUUUUGUACAAAGUUCCAAUGUAAUUCUCUGAACAUCUGCAACCUUUGGCAGCGGCAUAUUCUUCAGAAUCUUUCUUUGUAAGGCGAAACGAAUUGAACAUCUCUAAAUUUUUUGGAUAUUAACUGAUAUAUCGAAGACAAGAUGGUGUCAUGCAUUGAAUUUGUGGAAAUGGGAUUACUUUAAGCAGGUGAUACGACUCUGACUUACUAUUAAAGAAUUGUAGUAUUGAAAGGCCAUGGUUUAUAGGUAAAUACAUUGUUUACAGUUCAUGUGCGAGAUGUUUAAUCAAUGGGAAUUUUCUUAAAAUAAAUUUCCGGAAAAAAUAUUCGGAAGUAUUUGUAUAUGUAAAAUUUAUCAUAUAUUAUAUUAUGAGAAUUAAGGUAAAAAAAAAUUGCGAACGAUGCGUUGAAUAAUAUUAUUUUAAAAUCUGAAACAUGCCUUUAGUUGUCAUCGAUAUAUCAAUAUCUUUCUUUUCUUUAUGUCCUAUAACCCCUAGGUGGGGCAGAGGGCGUCCACAGCGAGCCAUAUAUAGAUAGAUAUAUCAAUAUGGUUUAUAUUAAUUUAUUUGACGAUUAUUGUGUUUUAUGUCGAUUGUGCGUUAGUAGCCAUCGCCUUUUAUGAUUUUUAGGAUAAUUUUCGUUUUGAUCCGAUAAAAUUUGCAGAAUUAAUUUAAUUUCCUCUAAGUAUUGUGCCUUGAGGUGUUUUUAACUGGAGAAAUUACAGUUCGUAAGCAUGAACUGUUAUUUCUCCAAUUAUAUAAGAUUAUUUUUAACUCAAAUUAAUCGAUUGAACUACGAAGGAUAGAGUUAAUAAUAAAGAGGGCGCUGCUACUGAGACAGAGUCCCGACUAUAAAAUUAUUUUCAAUGUUCCGUUGAAACUGCAUUAUUUCUUAACAUACAUAAUAAUUUAUUGUAAAAUUAUUUUUACAUAAGAAUCGUUAGCCAAUUAUAUUUGUGGUUCUAGUGGCAAUAGGCAUAUUGGAUGGAGCCUGUGUCGUAGUAUUAUGUAAAAAUAAUAAUUUAUUCGUAAUAGGAUACAAAAUUUGAAGAUGUCUUUGGACUUUGUGACGUCAUGUACAGCACGAUCCUGCCAAAUCUUAGCACGGAGUACGGACUACGUUCGCAAUGGCUUCUUUGACAGCUCGAACGAAGUGACACGCCGUGUUGACAUACGACAAUUGACGCGAAGUUAGAUGUAUCUUUGUAAUGUAAAUGUAUCUUUUAAGACUUUAGUUAUAUGCCGUGGGCGUGAUGCCCCGAUUUAGUUUUAUUUUGGAAAUUAUGUCAAUAAAAGAGUUCAUUUCG